GAGACAGAGGAGGGCGUGGAGCGCAGAAGGCUGGUGGUGGGUUACAGUCCUGGAAUGUGCGCGCGCUCCCGACUCCCCUCUGUUCUCGUCGGGCCUCACAGACAGACAGACAGACAGACAGACUGACUGACUGGCGAGUGUGCGCGCGCAGCCCGCGACAGGUCUGGAAGUGCGGGCGGCGGGAGGAGGAGGAGGCUGGGAAUCGUCGCCGGAGCGGGGAAUGAUGGCGGUGAGCAAGACGGAGGGACAAGUUUGAUACCGGAGAAUCGGGACGGUGUUGGCGACCUCCUGGCGCUUUACACAAUGAAUUUCUCUUCAGAUAACGUCGCUGUGACUAUUGAUUCGAGGCGACGGAGCUCCCAUGAAGCUGUGCCGGACCCGAUGGCAGCGCUUGCUUAGAGCGUAGGGGCGAAAAACUACCAGAAGAGCAGCAGCCUCUCCGAAACUGCCAUUUCUGAUCGAUAAACAAAGGGGAAAAUGAUCAAAGCGGAAAGCAAGGGAGGGGAGAGGAGCCUGAGGAGUGCAUCCCCGCACAGAAACGCAUACAAGUCCGAUUUCCACGCUAUAAAAUGCUCUUUUGAUGGGACAAAAUCCGAGGCUGCGGGAAAAUCAUAUGCAAAUGGGUCCAGUGAUCCUCGGGAGGACUCGAGGGGGAGGCCCUUUGGGACCAGAGUGAACAAGAUAAAGAACAUAUUUCUACAGAUGGAUGGUCAACAACAGGAGUGCCAAGAUGCCAAAGUGGCUCCAAAGUCUGAUGUCUCCCAGGUUUCCCCAACAAAGCUGCAAUUUCCAGCCAACACACACAGAGGUAACUUCAAUACAACAACAAGCCCCGAAUCUCUCAACUUGGAUAAAACACCAAAGGGGGAGGAUGCUGAGAUUGACAAAGUGGCUUUGGCAGAGAAAUUUUCUGUGACCAGAAAACUCUUUGAAAGGGGCAUCAAAGACCAACCCACAGCUGAAAAGCAGUCCGCAAACAGAGCAGUGAAUCGCUUGUCCCUCGGAAGUUCUUCCGAUGACGGGAAAAACUCGCGGAGAGUAUCGGGAUCCUCUGAGACCAGUUGCAAAUCAGAGCAAACAUCAACAGUUAAAUGUCAACCAGAAGAGAAUGCGGAUGCUGAGAAAAAGCAUACGUCCGGUAGAAUGUUGCUGAAUGCAGGACCCAUAUCCAAAAGGCUAGACAAUUACAUCAGUGAGAAUGAUUCAGAAGACAUCAGCGCAGCUGCAAAAAGAGGAAUGAUGCCUGCGAAUCAGCAAAGUGUUAGUGAACAGUUACUGUGUACCUCUCCAACAAGGGACAGCUUGAACCAGCCUACUAUCACUGUUAAAGAAGACACAUCUUGUAGCAAACCACCAGCCUCUGGGUCUAACACUGUGGUCAAGUCACCAUUCCCAGUUACUAAUGCAGCUUGCAGAUCUUUUUCUCAGACAAGUGACACAAACAAACCCGUCUCACCAGAGCAAACAACACCAAUUAGCCAUGGCUACAAGCGCACCUCAUCAGCUGGUGAUGAAUUUAACAGGGCAUCUGUUAGUGGGGAUGAAGGCAAGCCACAUAGUCUGCCACCAAGAGAUGUGAAGCAAGCUGUUCCAUCUGCUGAUGGCUUCCAAAACACUAAUAGAGUCAAAUCUUCUGAAAAAGCAAGGACUAACAUCGUGGAACAAUGCCCUGCCAAAGAGAAGCCACCCACCCAAGCCUCAUCACCGGACAGGGGGGUGGGUAUGGUGCGAGCCGAGCUGGUUGUUGUUCAAAAUGAAUCUUCGGAGAGUGAGGAGAAUGAAGAUGACAGUGGUGAAGAUAAUGUGUUUCAGGAGCAGAAGGUGACAAGCCCCAAAGACCAAACAAAGUGGCAAAGAUCUGUUGCACCAGAAAACCAGAACUGCAACUCUACUCAUUUAGAAAGAGAUAUUGCAAAAGAUACACAAAUGGUGGUAGAGUCUGUGGUUGAAAGUAUAGUUCAGGAGGACAACAAGCAAUCUGACAGUGUAGUUGUGAGUGAAGAUGUUGAUGUUAGUCGUGAGGAAGAUGAUGAGACUGUAGAGGAAGAGGAGGACCAACACAGCCUGGAUAGAGCCUCUCCAGUAGUGUAUGGUAUAGAGAAUGCAGCAUUUGUAGAUGACAGGGAUGUGGACCAGCUCCUUCGGGAAGAGGGAGAAGAUGAGGAGGAGGAGGCGGAUCAAAUGUAUAGGGAGUACGAUGACUGUUACGAAGCCCCUGGCCUGUCUGAUGAGGAGGAGCCUCCCUGUAAGAGGAAAAUCAAGUUCUCUUCUGACCCCAUUCUGGUUUUUAGUACCUUCUCCAAUGAGGAAUAUGAUCGCCGAAAUGAUGAUGUGGAUCCAGUUGCAGCAUCUGCAGAGUAUGAGCUGGAGAAGAGAGUAGAGAAGAUGGAUGUCUUCCCUGUAGAGAUACAGAAAGGAGACAAUGGGCUUGGAAUCAGUAUAAUAGGAAUGGGAGUGGGAGCUGACCAGGGUUUGGAAAAGCUUGGCAUUUUUGUGAAAACCAUAACAGAGCAAGGAGCAGCUGAAAAGGAUGGCAGAAUACAGGUGAAUGACCAGAUAGUGGAGGUAGACGGAAUCAGUCUUGUGGGUGUCACCCAACUGUUUGCUGCCACGGUACUGAAGAACACAAAAGGCACAGUGAGGUUUUUGAUUGGACGGGAGAAGCCAGGGAUGCAGAGCGAGGUAGCCCGCCUCAUAAGCGAGACAUUAGAGCAGGAGAAGAACCAGCAGCAGCAGCAGCACCUGGAUGACCUCUAUGAACACUCAACAGAAGAGGAGGAGCACUAUGAGGAGGAGGGGGACGAGGAGGAGGAAGAAGCAAGCGAGAAUAUUCUGGGUUCCAAUUUCUCUCCAGGGAGGAAUGUAGAGGUGUUUGAGCUGCCGGAUUCAGAGUCCUUGUUCAUGCCCACCAACAUGGACAGCUCUCAGAUGGCCUUCAAGUUCAAAGAGCUGCAGCUUAAACACAGCAUUUCCAUAGCUGAAAUAAAUCAACUAAAAGAAAAGGUAACAAUACUGGAAGAGGAUAAAUCGCUGUGGGAAGCAAGGGAAACAGCAUUGGAGCAAAAGAUCAUAGCUAGUGAAGAGAAAAUCCUGAAGGUGGAGGGUUUCUGGCUAGAAGCCCAGGCUCUGUGUAAGACUGUGAAUGAACAAUUAGCUGAGACUCAAGCCCAAUACGAGACACUAGACAAGAAGUACAACAAGGCCAAGAAGCUGCUCAAGGACUACCAGCAAAAAGAGAUCGACUUUGUGAAGAAAGAGGAGGAGCUGAAAAAAACACUUGAUGAAAAAGACAAAUGGUACAAGGAACAGCUGGAGGGCUUACAGAACAGGAUAGCUAACUUAGAGUCCAGAGAGGCCUCAAGUAUGGAGCGUCAGAGUGGUCAGGACUCUGCUGCAGAGGAGAGGCUGAGCUGCCAAGACUCGGUCACCAACGACCCAUCUGUCGACUCACUGCUAGAGAAUGACUGGAGUGAGUUGGUCCCCGAAACAGAGCGUUUGGACACCAGCGCACACAGAGCCAAAGGCCUCCUGGCUCAAAAAGCCAAACGUCAGCGUCCGUCACGGAACAAACUGAAGGAGAGCCUCACGGUGACUUCAAGUCCUUCCCAGGAAACGGAAGAAGAGGACAAGCAGGAGGAGCAGGAGUCUCCCAGGAGGAGGAGGUCCAUCCAGGAGAGCCUGUCCCUCCCACUGCCUGCUUGUGUGGCCAAAGAUGGCUCCAGGAGUAAGACGGAUCUCUCCAGCAGCCCGUCCUUGUCACCAUCACAGGGUGACAGCGUUGAAAGCACCGGAAGUCCUUCUCCCACAAAAGACACGUCCUCGUCACACUCCCCCUCUGGACUGGUCAAGAAGAAAGAGUCCAAAGGCAAAGGCAAAGACCUUAAAGAAGAGCUAAAUGAGCCGUCACCGACAGGAAAAACAAAAAGGAGAUUUCCAGAUUUUGGGGGCCUCCGGAAGUCUGGUGGUAAAGGCAAGAAGGACAAGGAGGCAAUGAGGGCGUCUUUGGACAGCAGGGGGUCAGCGGAGUUAUUGGAGGAGUCUGGGGGGAACUUGUCACCUGCAGACUCCAUGACCUCCAUUCCCACGUGCAUGCCCUUCUCCUGGUUUGGAGACCGAGAAAAGGACAGAGACAGGGAGCCCUCCUCCUCCAGCAGCAGUCUGCCAUAUGUCACAAAUGAAACCAGCAGUGAGCAAAGCCACGAGCGCAAAAACAAGACAAAUCUGUCCUGGUCCUCUUUAUUCAGUCGCUCGUUAGAUUUGAGUUUUUCAGUCAUAGAUGAUUCUAACGUUGGCAGUCCCAGUUCAGACAUCUCUGGGUUAGUUGCUGAACCCAAUCUUUCUGGGCGCUCACACACUUUAAUCUUCUCUUCCAGCGAGACUUUGGAUGAUGACCCAGUGGCUACAGGAAAAGAGUAUCAGUGGCAGAAUCGGGCUGUCUCUGAAUGGACCAAUCAACAGGUGUGUCACUGGCUGAUGGGCAUGAAUAUGGACCAAUACACCCCGGAAUUCACAGCAAAGGGAGUAGACGGCCAGCAGCUCUUGUCCUUGGAUAGUGACAAGUUGAAGGCUCUUGGUGUUUCAAGUCAGAGUGACCGUUCAACGAUCAAGAAGAAGCUGAAGGACAUGCGUAAGGCCCAGGAGAAGAUGGAGAAACAGAGAGAGAAAAGGGAGAAGGAGGUUCGACGCAGCGGGAAGCUGCCAGUCAGUACUGAUUCUGUCUGCUGAGGCCAAGGUUCUGUACUCCUGCAGAACCCUGAGGAACGUAUCUUAUACUGUAGUACCCAGCUGUCCACAUGUACAGCUGCUGAACAUGAAUUAGACAACGGCGAUGCCAGGUCAUUGUAACGCCCCCCCCCCUAAAUAUUUUAAUCAACUUAUAAGAUUUUAAUUAAAGAAUGGGAACAUAUUGAAAAACUAAAGGUGGGUAUGUGGCCAAAAAAGGCACCUUCACAUUUUUACCACUAUAAAGCUACAAGCUAAAAUUCGAAAUUAUGUUUUCACAUAUAAUGCAGAUCAUGCACACUUUUACCUAUGGAAGUCCAAUGUAUUCUGCUUUUUCUGCAUUUUAUAUUUUGCUUGCAUAUUGUUUCCAUGUACAAGUCCUCUGCAGGAACGAUUUCUGCACAGUUCAGGAAAAAAGCACUAUAUUUGUCUUUUAAGCUUCAAUGGGCAACAUGGUUUGAAAUGUAUAAAUAAGUUUUAUACAUGUGCUUAUUAACGGCAUUUCUUUUUUUACUUAAACAACAUUGUUUAUUUUAUACUAUGUACAUUUUCUACUAAGUAGAAUAGGGAAAAAAUCAAGUAGGGACGAGGUGAAUGCUGCUUCUGCUGUGCCUGGCUCCGGUUGUGUGUGAUACCGCGAUGCUCCUUGUAAAUACAGUAUGCAGGUCUGCUAUGUGUGCACCUCACUGGUCCAUUCGCCGGUCACAUGAGCCCAGGACAAGGACUUGUGUAAGUCAGGAGCUCAGCAUUGUGUGAAUGAGAGGCUGAGUGAUGAGUCGACAGCUGAACCCAAGUGCUUCCUUUCUUCUUCUGAAUCAUGAGUCUUUGUUCUGUAUAGAAUGUGACAUGUUGGACUGCAAAUUGUUUUCCACCUCUUCUGAUUCAGAAACAUGUCUUGGUACAUAUGGCAUCAAUAAACUAAUUUCUUCA